CCUCCCGCCCCCCGGCCCUCGCCAUGCGGACCCCGCGAGCAUCCCCUCCCGGCCUGGUCCUGCUGCUCUUGCUGCUGGGAGGCGGCCGCGGCCUGUUUCCGGAAGAGCCACCGCCGCUCAGCGUGGCCCCCAGGGACUACUUGAACCACUACCCAGUGUUCGUGGGCAGCGGGCCGGGGCGGCCGGGCCCUGUGGAGGACCCCGAGGACCUCAACAUCCAGCGGGUGCUGCGUGUCAACAGGACGCUCUUCAUUGGGGACAGGGACAACCUCUACCGGGUGGAGCUGGAGCCCCCGAGCGCCACGGAGCUGCGGUACCAGCGGAAGCUGACCUGGCGCUCCAACCCCGGCGACAUCAACGUGUGUCGCAUGAAGGGCAAGCAGGAGGGCGAGUGUCGGAACUUCGUGAAGGUGCUGCUGCCCCGGGACGAGUCCACGCUCUUCGUGUGCGGCUCCAACGCCUUCAACCCGGUGUGCGCCAACUACAGCAUGGACACGCUGAAGCCCAUCGGGGACAACAUCAGUGGCAUGGCCCGCUGCCCCUACGACCCCAAACACGCCAACGUGGCCCUCUUCUCCGACAGGAUGCUCUUCACGGCCACCGUGACCGACUUCCUGGCCAUCGACGCGGUCAUCUACCGCAGCCUUGGCGACAGGCCCACGCUGCGCACGGUCAAGCACGAUUCCAAAUGGUUCAAGGAGCCCUAUUUCGUUCACGCCGUCGAGUGGGGCAGCCACGUCUAUUUCUUUUUCCGUGAGAUCGCCAUGGAGUUCAGUUACCUGGAGAAGGUGGUGGUGUCACGCGUGGCCCGCGUGUGCAAGAACGACGUGGGCGGCUCGCCACGCGUGCUGGAGAAGCAGUGGACGUCGUUCCUGAAGGCGCGUCUCAACUGCUCCGUGCCCGGGGACUCACACUUCUACUUCAACGUGCUCCAGGCCGUCACGGGCGUCGUGAGCCUGGGGGGGCGGCCGGUGGUCCUGGGCGUCUUCUCCACGCCGGGCAACAGCAUCCCCGGCUCGGCCGUCUGCGCCUUCGACAUGACACAGGUGGCCGCCGUGUUCGAGGGCCGCUUCCGCGAGCAGAAAUCCCCCGAGUCCAUCUGGACCCCGGUGCCUGAGGACCAGGUGCCGCGGCCCCGGCCCGGGUGCUGCGCCGCUCCUGGCUCACAGUACAACGCCUCCAGCGCCCUACCCGACGAGAUCCUUAGUUUUGUCAAGACGCACCCGCUGAUGGAUGAGGCGGUGCCCUCGCUGGGCCACGCGCCCUGGAUCGUGCGCACGCUCUUGCGGCACCAGCUGACGCGCGUGGCCGUGGACGUGGGCGCCGGCCCCUGGGGUAACCAGACGGUGGUCUUCCUGGGCUCGGAGGCCGGCACGGUGCUCAAGUUCCUGGUGAGACCCAACGCCAGCGCCUCGGGGCCCGCGGGGCCCAGCGUCUUCCUGGAGGAGUUCGAGACCUACCGGCCCGACAGGUGCAGCCGAGCCGGCGCCGGGGAGUCGGGGCAGCGGCUGCUGAGCCUGGAGCUGGACGCCGUGUCCGGUGGCCUGCUGGCCGCCUUCCCCCGCUGCGUGGUCCGGGUGCCCGUGGCCCGCUGCCAGCAGCACUCGGGGUGCAUGAAGAACUGCAUUGGCAGCCAGGACCCCUACUGUGGCUGGGCCCCCGACGGCUCCUGCGUCUUCCUCAGCCCGGGCACCAGGGCCCCCUUUGAGCAGGACGUGACCGGUGCCAGUACCGCAACCUUGGGGGACUGCACAGGGCUGCUGCGCGCCAGCCUGUCGGAGGAGCGCGCGGGGCUGGUGUCCGUGAACCUGCUGGUGACCUCGUCGGUGGCGGCCUUCGUGGUGGGCGCCGUGGUGUCGGGCUUCAGCGUGGGCUGGUUCGUGGGCCUCCGCGAGCGGCGGGAGCUGGCGCGCCGCAAGGACAAGGAGGCCAUCCUGGCGCACGGUGCGGGCGAGGCGGUGCUGAGCGUGAGCCGCCUGGGCGAGCGCAGGGCGGGCGGCCCUGGAGGUCGAGGAGGAGGAGGAGGAGGAGGAGGCGUGGGCGGCGCCGGGGGACCCCCCGAGGCCCUGCUGGCGCCCCUCAUGCAGAACGGCUGGGCCAAGGCCACGCUGCUGCAGGAUCUGGACUCGGGGUUGCUGCCCACGCCCGAGCAGACGCCGCUGCCCCAGAAGCGCCUGCCCCCGACCCCGCACCCGGCCCCGCACGCCCUGGCCGCGCGCGCCUGGGAGCACGGUCACGCACUGCUGUCCGCCUCGUCUUCCCUGUUGCUGCUCGGCCCGACCCGGGCAUCCCACGAGCAGCCCCCCGUGCCCGGGCCUGGCCGAGCUGUCCACGGCGACUUCCCCUUGACCCCCCACGCCAGCCCGGACCGCCGGAGGGUCGUGUCAGCGCCCACGGGCCCUUCGGACGUCAUCCCGGCUGCUUCGGCCGAUAGCCUGGCCAGGCCCUGGAGCCCCUCGGCCACGGGCAGCCUCCGCAGAGCCGGCCCGCACGGCCCGCCCGCCGCUGCCCUGCGCCGCACGCACACGUUCAACAGCGGCGAGGGCCGGAACGGGGAGCGACCCCGCGGCCGCCACGCGCGCCCCGCCACGGACUUGGCCCACCUGCUGCCCUACGGGGCGGCGGACAGGACUGCGCCCCCGGUGCCCUAGGAGACCCUAGGAGACCGUGCCGUCCACGCGAAGCAGGAGCGCCACAGGCGGCGUUGGGAGCCGCCAGGCCCCGGAGGGUGCGGUGGGGUGCGGUGGGAGUUGGAGAGACAGCCCCCCCACACUCCCAGGUCCUGCCUGCGUCCGUGGGGGGACCCACCCUCCGCCGCCCGGAAGCACAAGUUGCAACCCCACUCCCGCCUCCUGCUCCUCCCCUCCCUCCGGAGUUGGUGGGGCGGUGGGGGGGCGACCGCAGGA